CUGCGGCUUGCGCCGGUACAUAACGCUAUUAACUAAAAUAGUCACUAGCACACCCCUCUGAUAGAAACAUGCUUUUUUAUAUAUUAUAUAUUUCGUGUGUAGUGAUUUGUUGUGGGUCUGUUAAUGCAUUUUUGGAUAAACAACCUCCUUUUGUGAAAACGUGUAUGAUAAAAGAACCAAGAAAUAUUUUUAUAAACUGUUCAACUCAUGCCGUUCAAGAAUUAUUCAAUGAAAUACCCAAAGGAUUGCCAGAAAUAGGUUUGCAAGUUUUAGAUCCGUUACAACUUCCUGUUUUAAAUAUCCUCCAAGGUGGCGGAGGAGCUGUAACCGUUAAUGCUUCUCUUGAUAACGUCACAGUAGUAGGAUUUGGAAAAACAAAAAUUCUUUACAAUAGUGUAGAUCCCAAAACAUACGAUUUUUAUACAAAACUAUCACUACCUAGGUUGAGAAUUGAUGGUAACUAUGAACUUUUGGGCAAAAUUCUGGUUAUACCUUUACGAGGAAAAGGAGCCUUGUGGUUUGAUGCAAAAAAUUUGGAAAUCAACGUUAGGAGUGAUGUAGUUAUGCAGAAACACGACGGUUUUGACUUUUUCCACGUAACCAAAGUCCACGUCAAAUUUAGCAUUGGCGGUUUGAAAUUACAUAUGGGUAACCUGUUCGACGGAAUUAAAGCCUUAGAGGAAUCAACAAACGCAUAUUUGAACGCCAACUGGAAGCCAGUAGCAGAAUCACUUAACCCAAUUUUGUCUAAAACAAUUGAAGAUAUUAUGUUGGAUAUUCUACAGAAAGUUUUUGACAACAUACCAGCAAACUUCUUUUUAGGCGAUCUUGAACUCUAAGAAUGUUUUUUAAGUAUUUGUAAUUGUACAA